AUGUUAUCUUUGACAUAUUCAGUGGGAAGUAGAGUAGGGUACUUUCCGAAUGUUAGUCGAAAUGUUUUAAAAAGAUUCUCCAGUAACAAAACAAGAACAAAUUUACUGGAUCUCCUUAGGAAAAGAGGUUUAAUAUCACAGGUAUCAGCACCUGAAGAAGUACUUGUCUCGAAAGUACAAAAUGGUGAUAAACUAAAAAUGUACUGUGGUGUGGACCCGACUGCAAAGUCUAUCCAUUUAGGUAAUUUGGUUCCCAUGAUGCUUAUGUUAAAUUUUUAUGUUAGGGGUCAUGAUAUUGUAAAUAUUGUAGGUGGUGCUACAGGUGCAGUUGGUGACCCUAGUGGAAGAUCGACAGAGAGAAAGACCAUGAGUAUAGAUACUAGAUUGGAUAAUGUUUCCCGUAUUACAACACAAUUGUCUAGAUUCUUUCAAAAUGGAUUAACUUAUUACGAAAAUAAAUAUAAAUCUAAUGAUGAUGAAAAUAAGAAUACAGGUGUAUACACGAUGACAAAUAACUAUAAUUGGUGGAAAGAUGUGAAAAUGAUUGAAUUUUUAGCGCAAUACGGAAAAUAUAUAAGAAUUCAAUCAAUGUUAUCGAGGGACUCUGUUUCUGCAAGAUUAUCAAGUCAAGGAAGCCUCGGGUUUAAUGAAUUUACUUAUCAAAUAUUACAAGCUUAUGAUUUUUAUCACUUAUAUAAGAAUGAAAAUACUACUAUUCAAAUUGGUGGUAAUGAUCAAUGGGGUAACAUCACAGCUGGUAUCGAUUUAAUCAAUAGAGUGGAACAAAAUUCUUCUAAUGUGAAGAAAAAUCCACCAUUUGCUAUUACUGUUCCUUUAUUAACAACUUCUAAUGGACAAAAAUUUGGUAAAAGUGCAGGAAAUGCCAUCUUCCUAGAUGAAGAAAUCAACACGGCAUACGAUAUUUAUCAAUUUUUCCUGAAUACUACUGACGCAGAUGUUGAAAGAUUUUUAAAGAUUUUUACUUUAAUGCCAAUAAACAAAAUUUCAGAGGUGGUGGAGAAACAUAACGAUGCGCCACAAUUGCAUUAUGCUCAAUCAGUACUUGCCCAGGAAGUCACAGAAUUGAUUCAUGGUACGAAGAAAGCUAAAGACGCUAAAACAAUCUCGAGAGUUCUGUUUAGCAAUAGUACGAUUACUGAAGAUUCAAAAGAGUUGAUUAGAAUAUUCAGUGGCGCUAGAAUAUUAAAACAAGCUAGUCAAGGAUCUGAUUUGACGACCUUGGUCUCGGAACUAAUGCAAUGUUCGAAAGCUGAGGCUAAGCGUAAGGUAGUUCAAGGCAGUGUUUAUUUGGGUCCAGAUAGAGUCCGUCUGGAGAAGAAUACUUCUGAUUGGAUCCAAUAUUUAAUUGGUAAUGAGGUAUUGUUAAUUAGAAUAGGGAAACAGAAAUGUUUUGUGGUUCAAAUGACACAAUAG